GCGUGUUGGGGGGCCGGAGCGAUAGUGCAGCGGGGAGGGCGUUUGCCUUGCACACGGCCGACUCGGGUUCAAUCCCCGGCAUCCCAUAGGGUCCCCCAAGCACUGCCAGGAGUGAUUCCUGAGCAUAGCUGGGUGUGACCCAGAAAGAAGAAAAGGGAAGAAAAGGCGUGCUGGGCUCUCCCGGGGCGUGAUUAUCUGGGAGGGGAGUGCAGAGAGACCGUGCGAAGGCCUGGAGCACAGGCUUGCAGGGAGGAGACCCAGGUUCCCUCCCCGCCUCCACGUGCUCCCCUGAGCACCACUGGUGAUCCCCCUCCCCGCCACUUCUGAAAAGCAACACUGCAGCCAGGAGGUGGCGCUCUCCACUCCGUGCCUCCGUUGCUGCUGCAGGAAAUGCCCCCCCUCUCCCCUGGCCCCGCGGGGGGGGGGGUGGGGCCCGGGUGGUCACAGUGGCCUCUGUGACAUCACCACCGCCCGGCCUGGACAGCCCCUCCCGGCCAGGGCAAGGGCCACUCGGGAUGUUCCGCGGGACGCCCGGGCCCAGCGCAGCAUGUGGACGCUCACGCGGCUCCUGGGCCUGUCCCUGUGCCUGGCCGGCGGCUGCGCCUUCAUGUUCUCCCCGCUGAGGGAGAGCAAGGAGCCGCAGGGGAAGGCGCCGUGCGGGGGCCACUUCCGCACCCGCCAGAGCCUGCCCGACCACGCCCAGAGCUGGCUGGUGAACAAGUGGCUGUGGGUCUUGUUCGUGAUCUCACUGUACGUGCUGCUCAAGAUUCGAGGGGACGGCGAAAAGUGUUCGGAGCCGGUCUCUCCCUCCGUCCAAGCCUGCUCGCUCCGCUGCCCGAGCAGGAAGCCGGCGCCGCUGACCCCGCCCAGGGACUACGCCUUCAACACGCUCACCCAGCUCGAGAUGGACCUGGUCAAGUUCAUGUCCAAGGUGCGGAACCUCAAGCUCGUCAUGGCGACGGGCAGGGGCCUCAAGCACCACUGCCCCGAGGGGCCCACGGACCCCAACAACAGCAUCACCAUCUACGAGGUGUGGGGUGAGGAGGAGGAGUGA